AAGGAGAUGAACAACCACAACAGCAGCAUCUCGGACUUCAUCCUACUAGGUCUCUCUUCUAACCCCCAGAUGCAGAAACCCCUUUUUGCCAUCUUCUUCAUCAUGUACCUGGUCACUGUGGGGGGGAAUGUGCUCAUCAUCCUGGCCAUCCACUCUGACUCCAGGCUCCACACCCCCAUGUACAUUUUCCUCAGCAUCUUAUCAUUUAUGGAUAUCUGCUUCACAACAGUCAUUGUGCCCAAGAUGCUAGUGAACUUGCUCUCAGAGACAAAAACCAUCUCUUACACAGGAUGUCUCAUUCAGAUGUACUUCUUCAUAGCUUUAGCAAACACUGACAGUUACCUACUGGCCUCCAUGGCCAUUGACAGACUGGUGGCCAUCUGCAACCCUUUACAUUAUGAUGUGGUGAUGAGGCCACAACGCUGUCUCUUCAUGCUCCUGGGCUCUUGUACCAUCUCCCACCUGCAUGCCCUGUUCCGUGUCCUUCUCAUGUCUCGCCUCUCAUUCUGUGCCUCCCAUGUCAUUAAGCACUUUUUCUGUGACACCCAACCUGUGCUGAAGCUCUCCUGCUCUGACACAUCCUCCAGCCAGAUUGUAGUCAUGACUGAGACCCUGGCUGUCAUCGUGACCCCCUUCCUAUGCAUCCUCUUCUCUUACUUGAGAAUCAUUGUCACUGUGCUCAGGAUCCCCUCUGCAGCUGGAAAAUGGAAAGCCUUCUCUACUUGUGGCUCCCACCUCACUGUAGUGGCCCUGUUCUAUGGGAGUGUCAUCUAUGUCUACUUUAGACCUCUGUCCAUGUACUCAGUGGUGAAAGACCGGGUAGCCACCGUUAUGUACACAGUAGUGACUCCUAUGAUGAAUCCUUUCAUAUAUAGCCUGAGGAACAAAGAUAUGAAGAGAGGUUUGAGGAAGUUAAGAGACAGACUUCACUCACAGAAAUGUCAAUUCUGA